AUUUUAGUCAUCAAUGUCUAAACUAUUUUUAUCAGGUUCCUUAAAUCUCUCUAUCCCUACAUUUCCUUCUUCUCUCUCUGAUUCAAACAUUUUAACCCUAAUUCCUAUGAGUCGUAACCAUCGUCUCACCUUUCACCGCAUCUACAAAUCCUGUAGCUCGAUUUCAAGAAUUACCUGCAAAUUGAUUUCAAUUUUGAAGGUAUGGUCUCGAUUUUGCUUGAAUGUUGCUGUCAUGAUAAAGGCCGGUGAUGGAGGAUCUGUUGAUGGUGGUUUCUUGGUGACGAAGGGUGAAGGUUGCCGGCAUGUCAUGAUGAUAGUGAUGGAUUUCUUGUUCUCGGAUUCAAGCAGGAUAAACUCUAUAUUCUGCAUGAUGAAAACCAUUGAAAAAAGAGAUUAUGAUAGUGCAUAGGUGUGUGUGCGCGAAGCAGGAGGAGGAAAUAACGUCGAUAGAGAUAAAGAGGAGGAAGAUCAUAUACAUCGAAGACAUAAAAAUUCAUGAAUAUAUCAAUUUAUUACCUUUUCUGAUUCUUAGCAACUUUUGUUCCUUUUUUUUCCAACUUUUUUCAUAUUUGUAAAUAUAAAUGUAUGAUUCAUUUUAGAUUUUAGUUAUAUGAAUAUAGUUCUAUAUUAGUCAAAAGAAUCAAUUAUACAUCUAAAGUUGUUUAAUCAUUUAUGAAUACAAUUUGUAAUAAUAUCAGUUUUAAUCCAUUAUGAAUAUAA